AUGCCAGGCACAAAACGAUAUCAGCAUGUGAUCGAGACCCCUGAGCCUGGCGAGUGGGAGUUGUCAGGAUAUGAAGCAGCUGUGCCAAUCACAGAGAAGUCCAACCCACUGACCCAGAACUUGGACAAAGCAGAUGCAGAGAAAAUUGUUCAACUGUUGGGGCAGUGUGAUGCUGAGAUCUUCCAGGAGGAGGGGCAGAUCAUGCCCACCUAUCAGCGACUGUACAGCGAGUCAGUUCUGACCACCAUGCUGCAAGUGGCUGGGAAAGUCCAGGAGGUCUUGAAGGAGCCUGAUGGAGGCCUGGUAGUGCUGAGUGGGGGAGGAACCUCUGGCCGGAUGGCAUUCCUCAUGGCUGUCUCUUUUAACCAGUUGAUGAAAGGUCUAGGACAAAAGCCUCUUUACACAUACCUCAUUGCAGGGGGUGACAGGUCUGUUGUGGCCUCCAGGGAACAGACAGAAGACAGUGCCCUGCAUGGGGUCGAGGAGUUGAAGAAGGUGGCUGCUGGGAAGAAGAGAGUCAUUGUCAUCGGCAUUUCUGUGGGACUCUCUGCACCCUUUGUGGCAGGGCAGAUGGACUACUGUAUGGAUAACACAGCUGUCUUUUUGCCAGUCCUGGUUGGCUUCAAUCCGGUGAGCAUGGCCAGAAAUGAUCCUAUUGAAGACUGGAGAUCAACAUUCCGGCAAGUGGCAGAGCGGAUGCAGAAGAUGCAAGAGAGACAGGAAGCUUUUGUACUCAAUCCUGCUGUUGGGCCAGAGGGGCUCAGCGGCUCUUCCCGAAUGAAAGGUGGAAGUGCCACCAAGAUUCUGCUGGAAACCCUGCUACUAGUGGCCCAUAAGACUGUGGACCAGGGUGUUGUGGCCUCUCAAAGAUGCCUUCUGGAAAUCCUGAGGACAUUUGAGCGUGCUCAUCAGGUGACCUACAGUCAAAGUUCCAAAAUUGCUACCCUGAUGAAACAAGUCAGCACCAGCCUGGAGAAGAAAGGCCGAGUAUACUUGGUUGGCUGGCAGACCCUUGGCAUCAUUGCCAUCAUGGAUGGAGUGGAGUGUAUCCACACCUUUGGUGCUGAUUCCCAAGAUGUCCGUGGCUUUCUCAUUGGUGAUCACAAUGACAUGUUUAACCAGAAGGCAGAGCUCACCAACCAGGGUCCCCAGUUCACCUUCUCCCAGGAUGAUUUCCUGACUUCCAUCCUGCCAUCCCUUGUGGAAAUUGACACUGUGGUCUUUGUUUUCACCCUGGACGAUAACCUCACAGAGGUCCAGGCACUGGUGGAGCAGGUGAGAAAGAAGACCACAAGCAUCCAAGCCCUUGUCCACAGCACUGUGGGGCAGUCCUUGCCAGCCCCUCUAAAGAGACUCUUUCCCUCCAUCAUCAGCAUCACAUGGCCGCUUCUGUUCUUUGAAUAUGAAGGGAGCUACGUCCAGAAGUUCCAGCGUGAACUAAGCACCAAGUGGGUGUUAAAUACAGUGAGUUCCGGGGCCUACGUGCUGCUGGGGAAGAUCCUACAGAACCACCUGCUGGACCUCCGCAUUGCCAAUUCCAAGCUCUUUUGGAGGGCACUGGCCAUGCUGCAGCGCUUUUCUGGACAGUCUAAGGCUCGCUGCAUUGAGAGCCUCCUCCAAGCCAUCCAUUUCCCUCAAUCCCUGUCUGAUGAUGUCCGGGCUGCUCCCAUCUCCCACCAUGUCCAGGUUGCCCACGAGAAGGAGAAGGUGAUCCCCACAGCCUUGCUGAGCCUGCUACUCCGGCGCCCCAUCGCGGAGGCUAAGGCGCGCCUGGCUGCAGCUCCUUCCGUCUGUGAAGUUGUCAGGAGCGCCCUCUCUGGGCCGGGUCAGAAGCGCACCACCUCGGAGACCCUACAGCCUGGAGUGCAGUGAACUGAUGUUUCUGGGACCAUGAAGGGACAGAGCCUGGGUCCAGUCCCAAGACGACUUGUGCCAGCAAUGCACGUGGUGGUGGGACAAACCUAAUUUGGGGGCGGGGGCACUAAC